AUAUCUCAGCCUCAGUCCAGUUCAUACUUAGGCAGAUUCAGAAACUGAACGCUGGGAUAAGAUCGAUUCGAUAUCUUAGCUAUCUACUACAUAAUCCCUCCACUUCAUCCUUUUCUUUGUUCCUUGUUGUUUUGACUUUUUUUCUGAGCUAAACUCCGAAUCCCGACAAAAUGGCCCUUACUGGCCAGUCGUACAUACACAUAUCCUGUCCUGUCAUUCCUUCCUUGCUAACCUCUGGGAUGCCUUUCUCCCCCUACGCUGAUUUCCCUGAAUCACCGGCUCUUUACGAUUUACACAUCCCCCCUCUCCAGAGAAGCCCUUGACUCUUCACGCUCAUUCUCCUGAUCGUUGGACCAUCUAGUUUCCUCCAGGACAGGGAGCACGUGAGCUCGCUAACUAGAACACCAUGGGAGCGGGUGCUAUCCUGGAACCCUUGCUGGUCAUUGUCCUUCUUUUCGGUGGCACUUGGAUCAACCGUACUACAAGCUCCGUUUCUUCUGCCCAUCGUACACGCCGCAAAUCCUCUAGCUAUCGAGCAACCUCUCCGGAUUCAAUUGAAUCAGGGUUCUCCUCAUCAUCUCCCAAGGAUGAACUCCUAGGCAGUCGAUCGUCCUCUCCCUCGACGUCUCUCUCCGCCCGAGACCCCUGGCGUAAACGACGGAUUGGGAUCUUCUCCUGGACCUGCGAGGUUACCGCUCCGAAUACCGUGGUCUUCAAAGAUCGGGUUCUCAGUCGCCUGCUGCGGAAGCUCCCUUUUCUAGCUGAAUGCUGGUACUGGGCCUUGGUUUACUGGACGUACCAACUAGGACGAGCGUUUACCGCCGUAACACUCCAGGAAGGAACCAUUGACGUAGCUAGGAAGCAUGCGUUGAGGCUGAUUGAAAUCGAGCAGGCGCUUGGAUUAUUCUGCGAGGUUCCAAUCCAACGGUUCUUCCUCCAACGCCCAGUGCUGAUGAAAUACACCAACUGGAUUUAUUCAUUUAUCCACAUUCCCGGAACCAUCGCCUUCCUGGUAUGGCUCUAUUAUUACACCACCACACUCAACCGCGUUGAUGACUCGCAACCGGGGAAGCCACAGGGAGUAAUGAGUGGUUCACCAGCAGGUCCCCUCCUCUACCAGGCCCGACGCCGUACCCUGGCCGUGUGCAACCUCCUUGCAUUCGUGGUUUUCACCAUCUGGCCUUGCAUGCCCCCCCGGUUGUUGAGUGAUGAGAAUGUCUCAGGCCCCCAAGGGAAAUUGGCACGCAGCUAUGGCUUUGUCGAUACAGUGCAUGGAGAAAAGGGUGCUGGUAGUGUUUGGACCGAGAACCGGUUCUGUAAUCAAUAUGCUGCAAUGCCCUCUUUGCACUUUGGAUACUCGCUCAUGAUCGGUCUGACUAUUCUGACCAUUCCCUUGCCCGUCCAUCACCGUCGACGCACGCGCAUCCGCCUUGGCUCUAUUGGAUUCCAGAUCCCGUCCUGGCGCCGUAUGGCCUGUUUAUUUCUCGGCGUCGCAUAUCCAUUCACAAUCUUGGUUGCAAUUGUCGCAACCGCGAACCACUUCAUUCUCGAUGCCAUCGCGGGCGCCGUUGUGUGUACAGUGGGAUGGAAAUUCAACGGAAUCCUGCUCAACCUGAUCCCGGUGGAAGACUACUUCCUCUGGCUAGUCCGUAUCCAUAAACCCGACCCAGCAGAAAUGACGAGGGUUACUGAUAUCGACGGAUGGAUUGAUGAUGAUGAUGAUGAUGCUGCCCCAACAGAGUACUCAUCGUCGUCCCCUUGCUCCUUUCCAUGUCAUUCAUCUUUACGAAAUUCCCCCUCGCAUUCUUAUUCACCUUGACCUUCACUUAUCAACCUUUUGCAUUGCGCGUCAUCACAUUUCGAUUCAAUGAUACCCCUCCUCUUUAUGUCCAGUCACGGCCUGUCAUUAUUCUCGUCCGUGCCGCGGACUAACAGUCUAGUUCUCUCACGUUAUAUCUUCUUACGGUCCCUGGCUUGCUGUAUAUUCUUACUGCGAAACAUGUAUAAUGAAGGCCCCCAGGAAGAUUCCAUAGUUUUGUUAAUGAUCAUGGGCUCCGCAAUACAAUCUUCCAU